AUGGAUCUGUUUAACUCGCUGCUAAAUUUGGUGGUGCCACCGGCAAGCCUGGUGAUGCUGGCAUUUGCAUGGCCAGCCUUGUCGUUCCUGAACACAUGUGAGUGCCUUUACAGUAGUUUCUUCAGUGAAAAUAUGGAAGAUAAAGUGGUUAUCAUCACUGGAGCUUCUUCUGGUAUAGGGGAGGUAAACCCUCAGUCUCAAAUUCAGGACUAAUAAAUUUCCUUUUUCUGCAUGUUCUUCAGUGAAUUAUUCCUGGGUGUUUGUAAAUUCUUGUUUAGAGCUUCGACUAUCAGUUUCUCUCACAAUGUUCUUUUUAGGAAAAUUAGAAUUAAUUAUGUUUCUAAGAGGUUUACAAUUAUUUAUUUUUCACUUGGAUUUAGAUAGUGAAAAUAUCCCCAGCCCAAAAGACCUUUGCUUCUAAACUAAUCGAUCAUUGUUCUCAUUCUGAAAGAUGAAGACAUAUUCUUUCAAAAUCAGUGGCGGAGCAAGCAUUUUAUUUUAGGUUGGGCACAAAUAUGAAUACAAAAAUUUCACUGAUUGAUCUAAAUUAUUAAAGGUUUGGACAUAUUUUUAAACAUGAACAUAAGAAAUAUGUUAAUAAUCAAAACUAAAAUACUAGAAGAAAAUAUCUACCAUUAUUUAGUCUUACUAAGACAUGGAACACAAAACAGGAUACAAUAUUCGUGUCCUAGCGCAUUCAACUCAAUUACCUAUCCAAAUAAUACUUGAUGUCAUAUCAUAUCCUGCAAAUUAUUUUUUUGUAUGUAAAAUUUUGUAGUAAUUUUCUUCUUGAUGUACAUAAUCAAAGAGCCCACC